AUGACGCCGCCGCUGCGGGAUCCGUGGUUCAUCCUGGCCGGGAUCCCUAAAGUUGUGAAGGACAAGGAGGCGAAGCGCACCUUCCCGCCGGGCGCCGACGUCUCCGUCGCCUACGACGAGCCCCCGCGCGCCUCCGUCCUCACCAUGCCUCACCGCGUCUCCUCCCCGCCCUCCCUCUGCAGCUACCCUUACGUCGCCGCCUCGGACUCCUCCGGCCUCAUUCUCCUCUGCGCCACGGAGCCUGAGGGCACCAACUCCUGGGUCACCUACCACCUCUGCGACGCGCGCACCGGGCAGGAUACCUGCUUCCGCGAGCACAAUCGCACCGUGGGCAUUCACGGCAACAACUUAGGCCUCAUGGUGAGGGGCGGCAGCUGCGUUGUCGCCGAGCUCCAGCCCGCCGGCGACGGCACUGGUGGCGCUUUGCUCCUCUCCUACACGGUGGGGCAGUACAGGUGGGUCGAGAAGGAGCUCACCUACUCGCCCCCGCUGCACCGGGAAUGGAUUGGCGAGGGCGUCAUCUCCCACGGCGGGAUGCUCUGGUGGGUGGACCUCUCGUACGGCCUCCUCUCCUGCGACCCCUUCGAUGACAAGCCGGAGCUGCACCACGUCCCGCUUCCAUCAGUCCUCGACCAGCUGCCGGUGCUUUCGGCAAACGGCGGCGCUCACCGCUGCGUGAGGGUGAGCGGCGGAAGGCUGAGGUUCGUGCAGAUCCAUGGCAGCCCCGACGCACCGGUGGUGAGCACGUGGGCACUCGUCGAGUCGUCAGGGAAAUGGAAUCCCGAGCGCCAGGUGGCCUUGGCCGACGUCUGGGCCGACGAGAGCUACCUGGACAUCAUGUUGCCAGGGAGCAUCCCUGCCCUUGCGCUGCUCCACCCUGAAGACCCUGACAAGCUCUUCUUCUUCCUCGGUUCCUGCAUCUUUGCCGUGGACCUGCGGCAGAGGAAGGUUGUGGAAUUCAGUAACUUUGCAAUGCCUGACUCGCCCAACGAGUUGCUCAUGCGCUCAUCCCACUUCGUCCAUGCAUGGCAGUACGAUCCUUCAAGCACUCGGUCGGAGUCUCUACUGAGAUGCCUGAGGCAGGAGAAGGAGAGCAGUUUGGCUGCGACCAUGCCCGUCUCGCGCAAAACUGCUAAAAUACUGAAGAGAUUUCGGUAUGAUUCAAUCAGGGAGCAACAGUUCCUUGUAACAAUGCCACCCCCUCUACGAGUAGGCCAUAGACAUGGGCAUGGGCAAGCUACAUGA